CGCGGGACUCUGGUCGGAAGUGUCUUCCUGCCGGAACACUCGCGUUAUUACGAGUGUCUGUGUGUGUGUGUGUGUGUGUGUUCUCUGGGAUUCUUUGAAAACGCGGAUUCGAGCGAUGAUGAGGAGAUCUCCGUGUGAUCCGGAGAUUAUGCCGUAUAAAUUAAGAGAAAAAUGAUAUUUCGUAGUGGUAACCAGCAAUAGUAAUAAUCGGCUGGAAUGUGUGUCUGGAACUGCGUCACUUUGGUGGUCCAUUGCAACCGUUUUAAGUCUCUUUGGCGAGAGGUGAUAAUUUAAACGGGUUUGUGUGAACGCGCGACGUUACUGGCGCAAUGUUGCAGCCAAGUGAACCAGGACGGCGAGGAAGAAGUGUCUCAGGAUGAUAAACGUCAUACCAAAUGUUGCAAACUCCACACUCGCACGCCGUCUGUAGAAUCAACUUUGUACGUUAAGGGCCGCCGGUCUGGUGGUCCCCGGUUUGUUCCUGAUGCCUGCCAGAAAGGGACUGCUAGCGCCACAGAACACUUUCCUCGAUACCAUAGCAACGCGGUUCGAUGGAACUCACAGCAACUUCGUACUGGGAAACGCCCAGGUCCCGGCCCUGUACCCCAUUGUCUACUGCUCGGACGGGUUCUGCGAGCUGACGGGAUUCGCCCGCGCGCAGAUCAUGCAGAAAGGAUGCGCCUGCAAGUUCCUCUACGGUCCCGACACUUCGGAGGAACACAAAAUGCAGGUGGAGAAAUCCCUCGAGUGCAAGACCGAACUGAAACUGGAAGUGAUCUUCUACAAGAAGAAUGGAACGCCGUUCUGGUGUCUCCUGGACAUCGUCCCCAUCAAAAAUGAGAAGCGAGAAGUGGUUCUGUUUCUGGCGUCCCACAAAGACAUCACGCACACCAAGAUGGCGGAGUUGCAGAUAUGUGAGUUGUACGACAGUGAUGCGAACGGUAACUUGGACCCCGAGGCACCACCAGCCAAUUAUGGGCGUCGCAGGAGCAGGGCCGUCCUCUACCAACUUUCAGGCCACUACAAGCAAGACAAGAUCAAAACGAAGCUAAAACUGAACAACACGCUGUUGCAGCCGACAGCAGCUCCUCUUCCGGAGUACAAGACGGCCGCCCUGAAGAAGUCCCGUUUCAUCCUGUCGCAUUACGGCGUCUUCAAGAGUUGCUGGGAUUGGCUCAUCCUCAUCGCUACGUUCUACGUCGCCAUAGUCGUCCCGUACAACGCCAGUUUCGUCAACCUGGACCGUCCCUCCAUGGUCAGCGAUGUGGCCGUAGAAGCUCUUUUCAUCAUUGACAUCAUCCUGAACUUCCGAACAACGUACGUGAACUGCAAGGGUGAAGUGGUCUCGAACUCUCGGUCCAUUGCCCUCAACUACCUCAAGAGCUGGUUCAUAGUCGACCUGCUGGCAGCUCUCCCCUUUGACCUACUGUACGCCUCGGACGUCUACAGCGGCGAGGAGUCAGGGCCCUCGCACAUCCACCUCCUGAAGCUGACACGCUUGUUGCGUCUCGCUCGCCUGCUGCAGAAGAUGGAUCGCUACUCUCAGUACAGCGCGAUGAUCCUGACCCUCCUGAUGCUGUCCUUCACGCUGGUGGCCCACUGGCUCGCCUGCGUGUGGUACGUCGUGGCCGACAAGGAGCGUCAGAGGAACGACGAUCAGUGGGACCUCGGUUGGAUUCACGCAAUGGCAAAGAGGCUCAACAUUUCUGUGAAUAACAUAACGCAUUCCGAGUCAUACAUCACCGCUCUCUACUUCACAUGUUCGAGCCUCACCAGCGUUGGGUUUGGUAAUGUUUCUGCAAACACCACUUCAGAGAAGAUAUUCAGCAUCUGUACCAUGCUUAUCGGAGCACUGAUGCACGCCGUCGUGUUCGGUAACGUGACCGCCAUAAUCCAACGCAUGUACUCGAGGCGAUCCCUGUAUCAGACCAAAUGGCGAGACCUCAAGGAUUUUCUCACUCUGCAUCAGAUUCCGAAAGAGAUGAAGCAGAGGAUGCAAGACUACUUCCAGACCAUGUGGUCGCUGAACCAUGGCAUCGACAUUCACGAGGUGAGAGAGACGCUGAAGGAAUUCCCAGAGGAGCUCAGAGGCGACGUGUCUAUGCACCUUCACCGCGAAAUUCUCCAGCUGCCUAUCUUCGAAAGCGCUUCGCAGGGCUGCCUCAAACUCCUGUCUCUGCACAUUCGCAGCAACUUCUGUGCGCCCGGAGAGUACCUCAUCCACAAGGGAGAUGCCCUUCAGUACAUCUACUACCUCUGCAAUGGGUCCAUGGAAGUUGUUCAGAAUAGUAUGGUCGUUGCCAUCUUGGGGAAGGGUGAUUUGUUUGGUUGUGACAUAAGUAUGUACCUGCAAUCCUCCGGUAGCGGAGGUAUAGUCGGCGGUGGCGGAGUAGGAGGUUCGGGAGGAGGUGGAAGUGGCGAUGUUGUCAUAAAAUCAAGUUGUGAUGUGAAGGCGCUCACUUACUGCGAUCUAAAAUGUAUCAACAUGCAAGGUCUAGUGGAUGUAUUGCGACUGUACCCAGAAUACCAGCAGGAGUUUGCAAAUGACAUCCAACACGACCUCACGUACAACCUCCGAGAAGGAUACGAGGCUGAGCAAGAGUCAGAAAUGAAUGGGGUACCGUCCCUCACACUUCCGUCCAUCAGCGAAGAUGACGAGAACAUACCUGAAGAAGGAGAGACAUCUCCCCUCUCUCCUCCAAACCGGUCACCUCUUCAUGCCGCAAAUAGUCCUCGGCACGGCAAGUCCAACCCCAGAUUACAAGAAUUACGAGGCUACUCAGGACGGACCCGUGGCGGUGGAACGAGAGACCAACAGCGAAACAUCCAACUGAGUAGCAAUCAGAACACGGGCUCGCUGGAAGGACUGAACCUUGAACUGAGAGGAGAGGUGGAACAAACCCGUAGUAGCGUGGAGAGACUGGACACCCAAGUGUCAUCUUUGCACCAAGAUGUAGCAACGCUCAGCCAAGAGGUACGGAAUGCUAUUCAGGCACUACAGGGACUUGCUACGAGCAACAGUGCGAUGGCGACACGAUAUCCAUACUCAAUACCAGCGCAUUCAAAUCCUAACUUGCCUGACAAUAGUCUAAAUCAAUGCAAUAUGGUGAUGCUGCAACGCAGCUCAUCUCAUCCUCCCGAGAUAUUCUGUUGGGAGAACAGUGAACCUGUAUUGGGCAGCAAUGUAAAUUUUAUGCUGGACAAGGAAACUCAAACAGAUGAUUUUGUAGACGUCAUUGAGCAGUAUGUCUUGCAGAAUCCUCAUCGUGUGUUGCUUAUAUUGGGUUUGGAUGCUUAUGCCAUCUUAGGUGGCCAAAGAACCUCUCCUUCUGUGUCAGCAGUUAUGACAUCGCAGCCCUCAGAUAUGACAAUCCCAGCCAAAAAUAUCGUAAAUAUAAGAAAUCACUGCAGUCAGAAGGUGACUUCUGCAAGCACUACCCAGCCUGCAGACUGGAUCUCCCAGCCCCCACCAGCGCCAAGUUUCUGGCAACCACAGCAGAAAGCGAUGCUCAACUGUCAGCAACUUCACCACAGGUUCAGUGCAGGCGAUAUCGAUGACAAGUUCCGAGCGAUCAAUCCCCUUCCUGCCACGAGAUCUCUUAAAUUCCAACCCUUCAGUACCUGAAUCUAGGUUAAACGAUGAAAGAUCAGUAAAAUUGUGAGCUUCAGGCACUUAACAUCAGUAUUCAUGUUUGCGAAAGCCUGUUAGAAAAUUCUAUAAUAAUCAAGACUCGGGUUUUAUCGGUGAUUUUAAAAUUGUUUCAGCAUGAUACAUGAAGUGGAAUUGGAAAACAGUGUCACAUUUUUAUGUGCACGGAUGAAACAGAACUAUCAUCAUCUCGUAUUCCAUUCUCUAUAGAAUGAUUUGUCUCCUGUUUGAAAGUGUCGGAUCCCCGCGUGCGUGCGGAAGAGACUGCAAGGUGAUGGUAUCACUUUGCACGCAAUUUAUGAAGUUUCACCUUUCUUGGUUUUACUUAGUUCUUCUUUCCAUAUUUUAGAGCACUGUAUGACUGAUCACAUUCUCUUUUAUCAGUUCUUAUGUAAUAAUCACCUCUUGAUACCAUCAGUAAAUACAGUUCACUCUCUAGUCAAAGUAUGAAUCAUCGAUAAAAAGUAAUUUCCAAUGGUCUCAUUCGUUAGGUAAAAAAUUCAGUUGAAAAUAAGUUACAGAUUCUGCACACUUUCGCAUAAAUGAAAUGUUAUCAUAUUUUAUGAUGCAGUGUCUAUAAAAUACAGUAUUGUCUCUGCUUCGAGAGGUAGCAAUCGAAACUCUAAUUUCAACAUUUUUUUAAUUGUCUCGUUGUCUUGUGUCUCUACUCAGAUUCUUCAUAUUUUAAUUUAUCUGUUUAUGUUUUAUGAAAAUAUAUGAAUUAUACAAGUUAAAAUAAAUAUCCUCUGCAUAUAAAUAUAUUUUGGUCAGCUGGUAAUAUAUAAUGAAAUCACAAGUUAGGGAUUCUGGGUAACUACUUUAUCAAAAGAAUCUCAUUACAUAAAAUAAAUUAAUAUUCAAUUAAGAUAUAAAAUUUUUCAUGAGACAUAAAUAUUAAGAGGACAUUUUUUCAAACUAAUUUAUUGCUAAAAAUAUAAGUUCAUAAGAUAAAGUCUUUAUUGCCACCUCUUUUAAGAGUUCCAUGAGCUUAACAGAAUCAAGAUCCCUCUAUCAAAUUCCAUCCUUUUAUGUGUUUAAAUCUCUAACACAGAAUUUUAAACACAACCCAAAAAGAUUAUCAAUGAUGACGCAUAAUGAUUGAGGGUUUUUGAGUUCCAUAUAUGUGUGUUUCCAACAUCAUCUUCAUUUCUGUAUGGUAUUGUAUGUUUUUCAGUACCAUAUCAACCAGUCACCCUAUUCAUAUCAAUGUGAUGUGCAAAAUGUAGUGCCUCAAUUUUUAUUUAUUAUUCUUCUUCCCCAACAGAAGAAAUCAUUCUUUGCCUGUAGAAUAUUUUUAAAAAAGUGUAUUUUAAUCAGGUCUAAAAAAUGUUCUAAGAGUUUAAGAAAUAGCGAAAUACUGAUUUGCGACAUUGGGUAUAAUGCUAUCACCAUUCCAUUUUGUACAUACAAAUACAUUUUAGAGUUCAAGUGCUGUGUAUGUUAACAUCUCUGUUAUUUUGUUGAUUGUAAAUAAGGCUUAUAUUUUGAAGUAUUUCUAUUCCAUCUUAUAUUCAUAAUAAUGUUCAUGUUGUUAAAUGUUUCUAAAGAAAGUUGCACGCAACAGAUCGUCAAACAUUGACAGAUUUGUAUUGGAGAACAAGCUGUUCACAUUUCAGCAUUUCUUCAAGCGGUGAAGUAACGUGUUGGUUACUUGAUGUAUUUUUAUUAAUUGUGACAGUAAUUUUAUUCAUUGCAUAACAAUCUUCACGAGAGUAAAACAUGGCCAUAUUUUGUAAAGUUUUUUUUUAUAUAAAUGAAGUAUAUAAAAUAAUAUACUACAGCAAUUCAAGUUGUUCUGUCCAAACAGAUAUAUGAUAUAUCUGAGAUGUUGCAGGCUUACUUCCCAUCAAAUAUGUACACGUGGAGGAAGGGUGUCUUUUAAAAAGUCUUCGAUGAUUUAAAUGAUUUGCCUAAUGACAGCUAAAUUGUAUUAAAGUAUAAUAACUGAAAGCCAUGGUGGUGCUUGGGGGGAGAGAUGAGGCGUACCUCUUACUCAAUUUUUGACCUUGAAAUAGAUGGGGUGGUGAGUAGUGGCAUUCCCAGCCGCGCUUUACCCCCUUGGUACCAAUUGGAUAGGAGUCUGGGUGGGCCCCAGAGCUGGUCUGGUUGCCGGGGAUAAAACCCCAGUUGUCCAGUUCCUAAUCAGACACUAUGGUGACUGAAUUAGCCUGGCUCAUGUUUUAUUUGUAUAUUCUGUAAUACCAACAAAAUUUACAGAAAAUUUUAAUACUGAUACAAAAAUCUGAAAUUAUGUAUGUGUGUAUUUUUUUAAUUACAUGAAGAUUUUUUUUUUUGUUUUUUGAUAGAUUCUCCAUCCUGUCUCAUGAUAGCGGCUUUACUCUUUUGUGUAUCAUUUGUAUGUGCAUUUCAAUUGAGGAACACGUUAACCUAACAGACAUUUUUGUGGUUUUCCUGUUCCUCAUUACUAGUUAAAAAGAACUCGUGAUUCUUUUCUCUGCCGUCCCCCAUGAACUCUUCGAUUCGUUACAAAUAAUGGAAAAAAGUGAGAAUUAAAAAUAAAUUUUAAAACCUGUAUUUCAUCCAGAUGUAAUAAAAGUGCAAAAUGUAAACAGAUUGUUCUCAAGUGUUAGAUCUUAUUUGAUGCAUGUUUGAAGGGAAAUACAAGUGUACUACAAUAUAGAUGGUGCUGCCUGCCUCUGCAUCUAAGGUCAUGUACGUUUAUCUGAGAGAGAAGAUAUUUUGUUACACUCGUGCUUUCUACCAUCCCUUUCCUUGUUUGAUUAAAGAUAAAUAUGUCUCUAUUUACAAAUGAAACAGGGACGAGAAUCAGCAAUCUGUGAAGAAAGUCUUGCUCAGGAUGUGGUAAGAUUUUACAAGGUUUGGUGUACAAACUCUUGUCUUUAUUUUGUGUACAGUGCAAGUUUGCUCCGGUACAUUACGUUGGUCUCAUGUGAAACUGAAUGACUUAAAUUCAAUAAAAUCACAAUUUCAACAGUUUUUCUUAUUACUUUAAUUUAUAAAUUUAAAAUGUUAAGGGAUUUUGCUUGAGAUUACAUGUAGGAAUGGAAGGCAAACUAUUAUAUAUUGGCCUAAUAAAACUUUCAUAAUGUAAGUGUAGUGCUGUAUUCUUUUUCACAUUAGACCAUUUCAAGUGUCAUGAGGGUAUAUAUUAUUUUGUACAUAGUAAAAAGUCAAUUUUAUUUCAA